AUGAAUUCAUCAAAAUCAUCUUUUAAUUUGGGUCGUGUAUUUGAAAUUUUAAAUGCAAGACAAGAACCAAAAAUCAUUGAAUCAUAUUCAGUAACACAAACAACACUGGAACAAAUAUUUGUUCAACUUGCUGGUGAAGAUGAAGAUCUUUCAUCUGAUCAAGAUCAAAAUAAUGAACAAAUUGUUGAAAAAAUUGAUUAA